AGUUGAUAAUUAAGGUCCUAAGUGCAUUAUCACAAAAAAGGAAAAUGGCCCAUUUUGGAAAUUAAAUAGUGAAGGAGCAUCAUGGACUAGUUCCUUGUCUCUCCAAAUUCCAAUCUUGAGUUGAAAACUCUGAACAUUUCUGCACUAUCGAAGACUAUAACUAUCUUCCGAUGUUAAUUCCAAGUGGACCGAUAAUGUAGUGCAAUUGCAGUCAAUUUUGUGUGCUGUCCUCUUCAUGCACAGACUGAAUAUUAGCAAUCUUCAUUUCCAUCUAUAAAAGCAUAGGUAGAGAAUUUCAGACAGCAUGCCAAGCAUGGCUAACAUGGAAAUUUCAUCACAACACCUUCUUCUCCUGUCCUUUUAUCUAUAUUCUCUAUUUGUUUCCCCUGAAGCUGUAAAAGCAACUUCCAUUUCCAACAAUUUCAGUGCUGCUUGCUCAGAGAUUGAGGUGAAAGCGCUCCUCGAAUUCAAACAUGGACUUGAAGAUCCAUCUGGUCGGCUUUCUUCAUGGGUUGGUGAAAACUGCUGUCAAUGGGAUGGUGUAGCAUGCAGCAAUGGAAAAGGUAAUGUCAUUCAGAUCGAUCUCAGGAACUCGUAUAACGUUACCUAUCCUGAGUAUAUUAUGUUUGGAAGAGAGGCAGAGGCCUACGAAUGGUCAAGUUUGGGUGGUAAAAUUAGUCCUUCUUUGCUCAACUUGAAAUAUUUGAGUCACUUGGAUCUUAGCAAAAACAACUUUCAUGGAAUUCAGAUUCCCAGUUUCCUUGGUUCACUUAGGAGUUUGAAAUACCUUAAUCUUUCUCAUGCAUCUUUUGCUGGAAUGGUUCCCCCUCAUCUUGGAAACCUCUCAAAUUUGCAACACCUUGAUCUCUUUCCUUAUUCAUACACUAACGUUGAUUCUGAAAGCCUUUGGGCAUCUGAUUUAAACUGGCUCUCUGGACUCACCUCUCUUAGGUACCUAAACCUUGGAAACGUGAACCUUAGCUUGGCAUCAAACCAUUGGCUGCAACCAAUUAAUCUGCUUCCUUCUUUAGUAGAGUUGCAUUUGCCAGCUUGUGAUCUUCGUAGCCUCCCCAAGUCUCUUCCAAAUGUAAAUUUCACUGCCCUUCGUGUCCUUGAUCUCAACAACAACUAUUUUUUGUCUUCAUUGCCCCCCUGGUUUUUUAAUAUUAGUAACCUUGUGGACCUGAGACUUUCAAAUUCUGAAAUCAAUGACACCAUCCUUGAUGAUGCAUGGAGAAAUUUUUGUAACAUGCAAGCUUUAGACCUGUCUUUUAAUGGAUUUAGAGGUGAAUUCUUGGGUAGCUUGUCUAAAUGCAGUAACACAAGCUUGAAGGUAUUGCGCCUGCGCUAUAAUAGUUUCAGUGGGCAAAUUCCCGAGUCAUUGGGAAACUUUAAAAGCUUGAGAUGUCUGCAACUCAAUGGGAACUCAUUCACGGGUUCAAUUCCAGCAUCAAUAGAGAAAUUGUCCUUCUUGGAGGAGUUGGACAUCUCUAGCAAUAGAUUGAGUGGAACCAUCCCAGAAAACAUUGGACAGCUCAGGGCUUUAUCUUAUUUAGAUCUUUCGAUGAACUCUUGGGAGGGUAUUGUAUCUGAGAUUCAUUUCCUCAAACUUAAACAUUUAAAAUGUUUGUCCCUAUCGUCUGUAAACCAAUCCUUGGCAUUCAGUGUGAGGGAUGAGUGGGUUCCCCCAUUUAGCCUACAAGUCAUUUGGAUCCAAGAUUGUCGAUUGGGUCCUGCAUUUCCUGCAUGGCUUAGCACUCAAAAGGAAUUGGUUAGCGUAACCCUCAUAGGAGGACGAAUUUCAGGCACAAUACCUGGCUGGUUCUGGAAACUGAGUCCAAAGAUUAGGUGGUUGGGACUUCAAAACAAUCAAUUAACUGGAAUUCUUCCCAAAUCUUUGAACUUUUCACCAGGUGCAAUCAGAGUGGACCUAAGUUCUAACCUUUUUAGGGGCACACUCCCACUUUGCUCAAAUGUUCAAUCUGUUUCCCUCAGCAACAAUAAAUUCUCGGGGCCAAUUCCGCAAACCAUUGGCCAAGAAAUGUCAUUUUCUCAAAUCUUGGAGUUGUCAGGGAACUUUCUGAGUGGCAGGAUUCCCUCUUCCGUGAAUAAAAUGAAGCAAUUGACCACUCUUGAUCUCUCAGGCAAUCAGUUAUCGGGGAAAAUUUAUACUCACUGGAAGGGUUUGGACGAGCUAAAUGCUAUAGAUCUUUCUCGGAACAAUCUUUCUGGCGGUAUCCCAAGCUCUAUGUGCUUGCUUCCCCAGCUUCAGGUGAUGAAAUUAAGCAGCAACAAUCUUUCAGGAGAGUUGUCUCUGUCUCUGCAACACUGCACACAUCUGGCGACGCUUGAUCUUUCAGACAACAAGUUCACGGGGAGGAUACCAAAUUGGAUCGGCGCGAGGCUACUUUCAAUGUCAAUACUAAAUCUACGAGUCAAUAUGUUCAGUGGAAGUAUUCCUGAAGAACUUUGUGGUCUUCCUGCUCUUCACAUCCUGGAUCUUGCACAAAACAAUUUAUCAGGGCCCAUUCCGCCCUGUUUGGGCAAUCUCAGUGCCUUCAGUUCUUUGAGACCUUACUUUUCAGUGCCAUAUGCUUCCCCUUACUCAGAGGAAAUAGAGUUGAAUGUGAAGGGAAGGCAACUUGAGUAUAUCAAGAUACUUUAUCUUGUGAACAUCAUUGAUCUUUCAGGAAAUAAUCUUCGAGGAGAAAUCCCAGAUGAAAUUACAAGGCUGUCAUACUUGGGUACCUUGAAUUUAUCCCGGAAUCAAUUGACUGGAAUUAUCCCAGAGAAUAUUGGAGACCUGAAGCUGUUAGAAACUCUAGAUCUCUCAUGCAACAAGCUUUCAGGCCACAUUCCCCCAAGCAUGCCUUCCAUGACUUCCUUGAACUAUUUGAACUUAUCAUACAACAAUUUAUCUGGACAAAUUCCAUCAGCCAACCAAUUCCUCACGCUCAAUGAUCCAUCAGUUUAUGAGGGUAACCCUGGACUUUGUGGUCCUCCAUUGCCAAUAAACUGUUCCAUGCCAAAUGAAGAUGGUGCGCACAAGCAAGACGAUCAGGACGAGGAAGACAGGAGUGAGAAGAUAUGGUUCUACUCAGGCAUAGCAGUGGGGUUCGUAGUGGGAUUUUGGGGUGUCUGUGGGAGUUUGAUAGUGAAGAAGUCGUGGAGGUAUACUUAUUUCCGAUUUGUGGAUAGGCAGAAGGACAGAAUCUACGUGAUGAUAAAGGUGAAUAUGGCUCGUUUACGAAGGAAGCUGACAAAUGGGGGAAGAUGAUCGAGAUUAUUAUUAUUAUUAUUAUGGAAGUGCUGCAAGUAGUUUGUAGAUCAGUAAGCAUAUGCUUAAUUUGAAGAAAGACGUACAUGUGGAAGAAAGGAAAGCAUGCAUGCAUAUGCAUAUGCAUCUGGCACUGCAUAAAUAAAGAAUAGAAGAAAGCUUGAAUUUACAGUUUCUUUUGGUUUUAUAUUGGGGGGAUUGUAUUUGGUUAAUCUGUAUACGCUUUUAUCCAAGUGAAAUAACAGUAGCCAGUUGAAUGAUA